CCUCGAUUCAACUCCUUGAGUCUCGUUGCUUGGUCUUCGACUCACUACUCAAAGUUCGGCUCGUCCCGUCCACCUGUUUCCGCUAGAGUCUACUUCAAGGUCGAUCGUCGCGCUUACUCGAUCUCUCCAUCGCGCUCUCUCGUUCGCGUUGUUACACCCUAAAUAGGGUUGUUGGUGCAAUAUGCCCGCUCCCCGUCCUUCAGAAAGCGCAGAGACUGCUCGUGCCGCGGCUGCACAGGCAGAGUUCAACGAGAAGAAGUGGGUCUGGGUUCCCGAUGACGCGGACGGGUAUCUGGCUGGUUGGGUCAGCAAGGAGGAUGGCGACUUGGGUGAAAUAGUCAUGGCUGACGACGGCGAGAUAAGGGUGGUGCCCUUGUAUGCUUUGUCCAAGAUGAAUCCUCCAAAGUUCGACCGCGUAGAGGAUAUUGCAGAUCUUACUUUCUUGAAUGAACCUAGUGUCGUUCACAACCUGCGUCUCAGAUUCGGAUCUGGUGCUAUCUAUACGUAUUCCGGACUCUUCCUGGUUGCCAUUAACCCAUACCAAUCCCUCCCUCUCUAUUCUGAUGCCAUCGUUCAACAAUAUCGGAAUAAACGAAGAGACGAGAAUCCUCCUCAUAUCUUCGCUGUGGCCGAACGGGCAUGGGUUAAUAUGGGCGAUGAAAGGGAGAACCAAAGCAUCCUGAUCACAGGUGAAUCCGGGGCAGGCAAGACUGAAAGCACGAAAAAAGUGAUCCAGUAUCUGGCCGCUAUCGCUACUGAUGUAUACGCGUCUCACUCGCGGGUCCCUACAUCGGAUGGCACAUUGUCUCGCAGCGAGUCUUUCAGGCGUGGACACGUGUUGUCUCCGUCCUCUUCGACCGGAAGUGGCUUUCAUACUGCCCGUGGGCGCCUUGGCCACCUCGAGCGCCAGAUACUUCAAGCCAAUCCCAUUCUCGAAGCCUUCGGCAAUGCGCAAACCCAGCGCAACAACAACUCCAGUCGGUUCGGGAAAUUCGUCCGAAUCACUUUCGCUCCCGAUGGAAGCAUCGCUGGCGCCAACAUUGACUGGUAUCUUCUGGAGAAGAGCCGUGUGGUACACAGGAGUGAAGCAGAGAGAAGUUUUCACGUUUUCUACCAACUUAUGGUCGGUGGCGGGACAUUGAAAGAGAGUCUGUUACUUUCCGGCGGGCUCGAAGACUACGAAUAUCUCAAUAAGAGUCGACGGGAGGUUGAUGGUGUUGAUGAUAGAGAGGAAUGGAAUACCCUCAAGAACGCUCUCGACACUGUGGGGUUCACGGCAGGGGAACAACUGGAUCUCUUCAGAAUCAUCGCUGCUAUCCUACACAUUGGGAAUAUCGUGAUUACCUCGUCCCGUGGCGAUGACGCGAACAUGCCCGAUCCUUCGCAAGUCGAGAGGGUAUGCCACCUCUUAGGUCUGCCUGUAGCGGAGUUCACACGGGCUGUCCUCCAACCUAGAACGCUUGCCGGCCGGGAAUGGGUGUCCCAGGCUCGCACUAGACAACAGGCUCUGGACGAACUGGGAUCUCUUUGCAAGACGCUCUACGAGAAAUCGUUCGGGGCACUGGUUGAUCGGAUCAACAUUGCUCUUGAUCGUCCGCUCUCCAAGUCGAACUUCAUCGGUGUUCUGGACAUCGCUGGAUUCGAGAUCUUCGAGAUCAACUCGUACGAGCAGCUGCUGAUAAACUACACGAACGAGAAGCUGCAGCAAUUUUUCAACCACCACAUGUUCGUGCUCGAGCAGGAAGAGUACAAACGCGAGGGCAUCAAAUGGGAUUACGAGAACUUUGGGCUCGAUCUGCAAGCCACGAUCGAUCUGAUCGAGGCCAGUGGCAGCACUAUUGGAAUUCUCAGCUGCUUGGACGAGGAGUGCAUCAUGCCUCGAGCUACUGACUUGACGUUCACCAACAAGCUGCAUGGCAUGUGGGCUGGUGGCAAGACUGAUCCGAAGCAACAUCCGGGCAAAGAUAAAUACGAACCGACUCGAUUCGACCAAGGUUUUAUCGUGCACCAUUACGCUGCCAAAGUGGAGUAUCGGACGGAAGGCUGGCUGGAGAAAAAUAAGGACCCUCUCAACGACAAUCUAACGCGAGUGCUCGCUGGCUCCUCGGACCGAUAUGUGGCCUCCCUUUUUGCGGAGUAUGCCGAAAACCAGAGCUCUGGUAGUGGCUUCAUUGCCCCCAAAAAGCGUGUCAAGAAAGGCGCGUUCCGAACUGUUGCUCAGCGCCACAAGGAGCAAUUGUCGGGCCUGAUGGGCCAGUUGCAAGCUACACAACCCCAUUUCGUGCGGUGCAUUGUUCCCAACAGCAACAAGAAGCCUGGGCGUCUCGAUGUCCCUCUAGUUUUGGAUCAACUUCGAUGCAAUGGUGUGCUGGAGGGAAUCCGGAUAGCUCGACGAGGAUAUCCGAAUCGACUACCAUUUGUCGAGUUCCGUCAGCGCUACGAAGUACUCACGCCAGGAAUCAUUCCUCGAGGCUACAUGGAUGGCCGCGAAGCUUGCCGCAGAAUGGUCAAAUCCCUGGAGCUAGACGAGGCCAUCUUCAAGAUCGGCACGUCGAAAAUCUUCUUCAAGGCGGGUGUCUUGGCUGAACUGGAGGAGCGUAGAGACGCGUUGUUAUUCGAGAUCUUCUCACGCUUGCAGUCUGCUGCCAGGAUGUGGACAGCUCGAAGACAGAUGAGGAAGAUCCUGAACCGUGCUGGAGCGAUCCGAGCGAUCCAGCGCAAUGCUCGUGUCUACGGUGAGCUCAGAGAAUGGCCAUGGUGGCAACUGUACACCAAGGUUCGACCGCUUUUGGCUGCGACGAGGAACGACGAGGAGAUUCGUAAGAAAGAUGCUGAACUUAUGGCUCUUGCUGAACGCGCCGAACGUGAAAAGCAAGAGCGAGAGGUUCUAGAGACUCUCAAAGCUUCUCUUGAAGCUGAGAAGCGGAAGGUCGAAGAAGAACUGGAGGCUGAACGGGGUCUUGCAAUCGACAAGGACGCUCUACUGGACCGCAGCAAGAAACGCGAAAGCGACCUCGAGCAAGAAGUCGUGACUCUUCAAGCGGACCUUGAGCAGGUCGAAUCUCAGCUAGAUCGUGCGAUGGCUUUACAAAAAGAGACAGACGACAAGCACGAGCAGUUGCGGAUCAGCUUUGACAAAGCUGCAGAACAUCUCGUCCGAUUGGAGGCUGAGCAGAAGGAGUCAACUGCAUUGGAAGCCGACUUGAAUGGACAGCUACUUGAUUCUCAGCAGGAAGCGGAAACCUUGCGUGGCAACAUCGACGAACUGCACAAGAUCGGAGAAGAGCUCAAGAAUCUGGUUCUUCAGCGAGAGGAGGAUUUGACCCGUGCCAAAGAACGAGCAGAUACGGCUGUGAAAGAAUUGGAUGCUAAACUGGUUGCACAAUCCAAUGACGCGGAAACCAUCCGCCGCAAGGCUGAGCAGCUGGAUGAGAGCCACAGAGCUGCUGAGCAGCAAAUCGCAGAGAUGACCAGGACAGUCUCUGACCAGUCGGCAGCGAUCAGGGAGAAGGAAGUCCAACUGCAGAAGCUGGCCAAAGAUAUCGAGUCCAUGAACAAGUUGCACAGCGAAGCGCUCUCAGAAAUACUCGCUUUACAGAACGAUAUCGAUACUCUAGAAACUCAGCUUGAAGCGGAAAAGGGCGAUCGGGAGAACGAGACGGCGACGCGACUGAAACUUGAAGAGCUGCUGGUGACCCAGAAACAAAUCAAGACAGAACUAGACCAAACGCUGCGCGAGCAUUCCAUCUUGCAAGAAACGCACAAGUCUGUCGAGAGAGAGGCGCGUGACUCACAGUCUCAGCUGGCUAAGACUCAAGCUCAACUGUCCGAGCUGGACAAGGCCAAGCGGGCUCUGGAGUCGGACUUGGUGUCAGCUGUCACGCGCCACAGCGAAGCGGAAGGGAAGGCUACCCAAGAACGCGAGGGUCGGGAGCGAGCGGAGCGCCAAUUGACCGUGGCCCAGAGCAAAUAUCAUGAGAUCGAAGAUGUCAUGCUCCAAAUGGAGCGUGACAAAGGUGCGACUGACCGACAACUGGAGUCUCUGCGCAAGCAGCUCGAGGCAGAAUCGGCCAAGCGUGCCAAGCUGGAGAAAGCUGCCGCGAGUCAUCAUCAGGAGGUUACCCAGCUCAAAGAGAAAAACGGACAACUUGAUGGGGAAUUGGGCAAGGCGCUCAAUCAUGUCAAAGCGCUCGAGACAGAGGCCAAGCAGUUCGAGAGCAAGCACCAUACGACGAUCGUGGAGCACGUGCAUGUUCUCGAGGAAGCCAAGCGCGUGACGGAUCGGGAGCUGGCCGACGCGAAAGCGGAAGUCGAGCGAAACAAGGCAUAUAUCAAAUCACUCGAGAAAGCCAAACAACGCCUGACUGGCGAGACGGAGGAUCUGAUACGAGAGACAGAGCGGGAACGGAUCGAGCUGCAGACGAAGGAGCGUACUGUCCGAGCUCAGGAGGAGAAGAUGAGCAAGGCCCUCGCCAAUGCUGAUCGCGAUCGCAAAGACAAGGAUGCGGCCGAACUGCAAGCCCGCCGGCUCCAAAUUGAUCUCCAAAGCAUGCAGCGACAGAUAGACGACCUCACGACCCAGUUGAACGAGCACCGACAGUCGCGGAGCAAGUUGGAUUCAGAUCUCGACCAAUUGAUCGACGGAUCAGGCGGGCCCCAGAUCUCUAUGGCCCGUCGCGUCGCCCAACUCGAAGGGCAGAUCGUGAACGCUGGUGUGAGCAAGGUUGGCCCGCGGUUCGACCCGGAAGGGAUGCAGGAUUGGCGGAAGCAGAAGGAUCAGAUGCAGGCCAAGCUGGAGGACGUGACGCGGGCCUUCGAGGCAUCCAAAGCUGCACAAACAGAGCAGCGGUCACAGAUUCAGACACUGCAUUCACAAGUUCGGGAGCUGCGUGGUGUGCUGGACGAUGCCGAGGCCGACCGCAUGCUUCUACAGAAAGCGCGCCGGGCUCUGCAGGCUGAACUAGAGACCAUCAAGCACGAACAUGUUGAUGCCAGUCCGGGUCUGAUUCCGAAUGACCGGGAGUUCCAUCGCCUACAACUGAAACAACUGGACCUCGAACGAGCUUUGGAGGAGCAAGAGUAUCGCGCGACCACGUGCCUUGAUCGGAUGCGCAAAGCCGAGAAGUUCGCCAGCGAGUGCGAGAUUGAACUGGGCAAGGUUCAGGUUGAAAAGUCUGAGCUUGACCGGUUGAAUGCCAAUCUGGAGCUCCAGUCGAAACAGCUGAAUGCGCGCAUAGCCGAGUUGGAGAACAAGCCCACCACGUCGACUCGCCCUGCUGCGCGGAGAGAAAGUCGGAUUGAGGAGCUAGCGGCUCAGCUCCAGACUAGCGGCAAACGCUGGUGAACGUUUUGUUGUUCUUGUUUUCUUACUAACACUUGCAUUGUACAACUCCUGCAUCUGUUUACAACAGUGUAAUUAUUGCAUGUAAUAGAUAAUCAGUCCCAUUCUUCCUCGUCCUCGUCCUCGUCGUCGCUGUCUUCUCCGAGCUUCUUGUUGCGGAGUAUGAGCGCUUCCACGAGCGUUGCGGUAAGAUCUGCGCCUCCGCUCGGUGUGCUGGGCUCGUCUUCUACCCGAGGAGCUGCUCUGGGCUGCGCAUCCGGGUCCACUUUCUUCAGCGAAUGCACACCUUUGCCUUGAAUCGACUCCAGGAGUGCAGCCCGGCCCGGUUGAGCAGGACCCGGUCCCGAUCCCGGUCCUGGAGCUGGCGGUGGAGGGGGAGGUGGCGGAGGUGGCGGUGCCCCGGCUGCACCCAUCGGCGGCGGGGGUGGCGGAGGCGGUGGAGGAGGAGCGGCAGGUCCUGCCGAUGCCGCAGCGGGCCGUGCCGGAGGCGGUGGUGCAACUGGUGCUGCAGUGCUGGGUCGGGCUGGCGGCGGAGGCGCUGUGGGGGCUCUGGAUACCGGCCGCGCUGGGGGAGGUGGUGGUGCAGGAGUACUCGUCGAUGGUCGAGACGGUGGUUGCGGCGGUUGCGGCGCCACAGACGUACGACUCCGAGGUGGCGGUGGCGGCGGCGGCGCUGAUGCUGCUGCCGGUGCUGGUGCCAAUGCUGGCGCUGGUGCCGGUGGGACCCGGGAGCGAGAAGGGGGAGGCGGAGGCUUAGGCUUCUUCUCUUUUUUGACUGUCUGAUGAUCCCGUACGAAGGUCUUGAUGUACUCCAUCUCUUUGUCGAUGAUGCUGCGGUCAAUGCCCGAGUUUUCGAGCUGGCCGAGCAGAGCGGUCCACGAUGGAUCCACUCCCGUCGCCACAAAGCCUGAGUUGUCGUCGUAACCCAUGUGUGCAACAUGCACAAAAGACCCUGCGCUCGGCGCCGAGAUCAUGCCCUUGGUAAUCUUGCCUCCCUUGGAAGCAGAAGUUUUCUUCUUCUUCUCAACAGAGGUGCCCUUGGCUGGGAAGCUCAGAAUGACGACACAGGAGUGCGGCGUCUCGAAC